UCUGCCCCAGCAUUUUUCCAGCAGUAUUAGCCAGAUGCAGCGGGACUCUAUAGUUUUUCACCAUGGUGACUUGGUUGACUGGCCACGGCGUGAGACUGACUGUUUGCAGGAAGGUCAUUAACCAACGUAAAGCCUGUGUCUAUUUUGGUGCAGAUCAAUAUUUCAAGCAACACAAACAAUGUGGUGGUAAAUGGCACAAUCCUCUCAUUAGAAAUAUUACUGAAAGACACAACUCAGGUAUUGGUUCUUAAGACGCAUCAAUUACACAGAGUAGCCCUGCUGAGUAGUAAUAGCCUUGGGUCAUGCUAGUUCUAAUGCCAUUAUUGUACCUCUGACCUUGUUUAUGGAAUCAUGGGCUCAGUAGAGUGGAGACAACACCAACACGCUUUAAUCUUAAGAAAUAUGUAAGAACAACGUAAAGUAAACAGGCGUUUGCUUGAUUUCUUUCUCUUUUUUUUUACAGGUACACGUCAUUAGUGCCAACAUGAGUAACACAACACAGAUAGAAGAUAUAAACUAGAAUAUUUUUACUCUGGGCAUAAAAAAUUAAAAAAAUAAACAUGAAACUUGUUCUUGUUCAUCUGAUGCUGCUCGGGUUCAGUUACGUCACUUCAACAUACGGGCCUCAACACAGAGCACAAAUGACGGGCGACAUUUUGCUGGGGGGACUUUUCCCCAUACACUUUGGUGUUGCCUCCAAGGAUCAAGAUCUCGCAGCCCGGCCAGAAUCCACACAGUGCGUCAGGUUCAAUUUCCGUGGAUUCCGUUGGCUCCAGGCCAUGAUUUUUGCAAUCGAUGAGAUAAACAACAGCAGCGUUCUCCUGCCCAACAUCACCCUGGGAUACAGGAUCUUUGACACAUGCAACGCUGUGUCAAAGGCCCUGGAGGCUACGCUGAGUUUUGUGGCCCAAAACAAGAUUGACUCUCUGAAUUUAGAUGAAUUCUGCAACUGCACUGAUCAUAUCCCGUCAACUAUUGCUGUGGUGGGAGCAGCUGGAUCAGCCAUCUCCACAGCGGUUGCAAACCUCCUGGGUCUUUUUUAUAUUCCUCAGAUCAGCUACGCUUCUUCUAGUCGGUUACUGAGCAACAAGAAUCAGUACAAAUCCUUCAUGAGAACCAUUCCUACAGACGAGUACCAGGCCACAGCCAUGGCAGACAUCAUCGAAUAUUUCCAGUGGAACUGGGUCAUUGCAGUGGCUUCUGACGAUGACUACGGACGACCCGGGAUUGAAAAGUUUGAGAAGGAGAUGGAAGAGCGAGACAUCUGCAUCCACCUAAAUGAGCUCAUCUCUCAGUACUUUGAGGAUCAUGAAAUCCAGGCUCUGGCUGACAGGAUUGAGAACUCCACAGCGAAAGUAAUAGUUGUGUUUGCCAGCGGUCCAGAUGUUGAGCCUCUGAUCAAAGAGAUGGCCAAAAGAAACAUCACGGAUCGAACCUGGUUGGCCAGCGAAGCAUGGGCUAGUUCCUCCCUCAUCGCCAAACCCGAGUAUCUUGAUGUUGUGGCGGGAACGAUCGGCUUCGUUCUGAAAGCAGGACACAUACCUGGCUUCAGACAGUUCUUGCAACAGGUCCAACCAAAGAAAGACAGUCAUAACGAGUUUGUCAGGGAGUUUUGGGAAGAAACUUUUAACUGUUAUCUAAAGGACAGUGUGAGGCUGCAGGAAUGUGGCAGCACCAGUCUGAGGCCUUGGUGUAGUGGUGAGGAAGACAUCACGAGCGUGGAGACGCCUUAUCUGGACUACACCCACCUCCGUAUCUCCUACAAUGUAUAUGUCGCAGUUUACUCCAUCGCACAUGCCCUGCAGGACAUACUCACCUGCAAACCUGGACAUGGGCUUUUUGCCAACAAUUCCUGUGCAGAUAUAAAGAAAAUGGAAGCAUGGCAGGUCUUGAAGCAGCUCAGACAUUUAAACUACACCAACACUAUUGGGGAAAGGAUGCACUUUGGGGAGAACGCAGACAUGGCGGCAAGCUACACCAUCAUAAACUGGCACAGAUCGGGGGAACACGGCUCUGUGGUGUUUGAGGAGGUCGGACACUACAAAGUGCAGGCCAAGAGAGGAGGCAAGCUGUCCAUCGACAGGACCAAGAUUCUGUGGAACGGCUACAGUUCAGAGGCGAGUCGACCUGUUUCGUGGAGGUUGCUCCCAUUGGUUCUUGGUGUGCCGUUCUCUAACUGCAGUGAGGACUGUGAACCUGGUACAAGGAAGGGCAUCAUAGACAGCAUGCCCACAUGCUGCUUUGAAUGCACAGAGUGCUCAGACGGAGAGUACAGUAACCACAGAGAUGCCAGCGUUUGCACCAAGUGUCCAAAUAACUCCUGGUCCAAUGGGAACCACACGUUCUGCUUCCUGAAGGAAAUUGAGUUCCUGUCCUGGACGGAGCCGUUUGGGAUAGCUCUGACCAUAUGUGCUGUGCUGGGCGUGGUCUUGACAGCCUUUGUGAUGGGAGUCUUUGUGAAGUUUUGCAACACCCCAAUAGUGAAGGCCUCAAACAGAGAACUGUCCUAUGCGCUCCUGUUUUCGCUGAUCUGUUGCUUCUCCAGCUCUCUCAUCUUCAUCGGGGAGCCGCGGGACUGGACGUGCCGCCUACGCCAGCCUGCCUUUGGGAUCAGCUUCGUCCUCUGCAUCUCCUGCAUCCUUGUGAAAACGAAUAGGGUGCUUUUGGUAUUCGAGGCCAAGAUCCCCACGAGUCUCCACCGUAAGUGGUGGGGACUGAACCUGCAGUUCAUGCUGGUGUUCCUCUUCACGUUUGUCCAGGUCAUGAUAUGUGUGGUGUGGCUUUACAACGCUCCCCCCUCCAGCUACAGGAACCAUGACAUUGAUGAAAUCAUUUUUAUCACCUGCAAUGAGGGCUCUGUGAUGGCUCUCGGGUUUCUUAUUGGCUAUACUUGCCUGCUGGCAGCUAUUUGUUUCUUCUUUGCGUUUAAAUCACGGAAACUCCCAGAAAAUUUCACAGAAGCCAAGUUCAUCACUUUCAGUAUGCUCAUAUUCUUUAUAGUUUGGAUCUCUUUUAUCCCUGCCUACUUCAGUACCUAUGGCAAGUUCGUUUCAGCUGUAGAGGUCAUUGCUAUAUUGGCAUCUAGCUUCGGAAUGCUGGCCUGUAUCUUCUUCAACAAAGUCUACAUCAUCCUUUUCAAACCCUCCAGAAACACCAUUGAGGAAGUCAGAUGCAGUACUGCAGCCCACGCGUUUAAAGUAGCUGCAAAAGCUACACUGAAACAUAGCACGGCUUCCCGGAAGAAAUCCAACAGCAUUGGUGAAUCUUGUGCCUCAACUCCAUCCUCUUCCAUCGACCUCAAGGCCAAUGGCAAUGACUGUGACCCAACUUCAGGGAGGCAUAUGCCACGGGUGAGCUUUGGCAGCGGGACAGUUACCCUGUCGCUAAGCUUUGAGGAGUCUAGGAGGAGUUCUCUGAUGUAAUAGUUUGUGAUAUAUGUGGAUGUGUUAAACUUCAGCUUCACUCAUUCCAUAAACAGGGUGAAUACUGGUCUUUAUUUGAAAAAGCAAAUGCUGGUAGGCCUUAUCAUCUUUCCAAAUGCUCAGCUCUUUGUCAGACAGAUGAUGUUUUACUUGAGGAAAACCGUAUUAGAAAACCAGUAAUACUGUUCUGUACCUAAAUCCCGAUUCUUGUUAUUUUCAGCAAGGCCCUGAUGUAUAGUACACUAAAGCUAAAUAAAGGUUUUUGUACAAUCCGAAAU